AAGAGAUACUCUCACGGAUUUUGAAAACACGCGUGCCUUGAAAUAUUUUGAUAUCUCUUUUUCCAAAUUUCAAAACCCAAUAUUAUUAAUUCUCUCAUACUAAGAAAGUACAGCUAGUCAGCUAGACUCUAGCUAGUGAACUUGUAAUAACUUCAUAUUAUUGUCUAACCCCAACUACCAUACUACCUCCAUAAAUACUGGCCUAUUUCUCUCUAUAAAAUAGCUACUCUUUUUGCUUCUUUCUUCAACUCUUUCUCUCUCUUAAUUCUCUUAUUAAUCUCUCUUCAUAUUGUUGAAUUAAUUAAGCAACUAAUUAACAAGGUUUUUAUUUGGUGUUCUUAGCUUUUGUCUCUCUUACUCACAUUAUAAUUUAAGGAUGUCUAUGGUGGAAGUUUUAGUGCCAAACCUUGAUUGUGAAGGAUGUGCAUCUAAAUUAAAGAAGGCUCUUUACAAGCUCAAAGGAGUUGAGGAUAUAGAAGUGGAAAUGGACACACAAAAGGUAACGGUAAAAGGGUAUAGACUAGAAGAAAGGAAAGUAAUCAAGGCUAUUAAAAGGGCAGGCAAAGCAGCUGAACCAUGGCCUUUUCCUUCACAUUCUCACUAUGCUUCAUUUUACAAGUACCCUUCCUACAUUACCAACCAUUACUAUGACACUUCUAAUGGCGCCGCCCCAAGUGUCCACGCAUUCUUCCAUACUCCGUCUGUGUACUCUGUGGCCGUGGCAUCCGAUGAGGCUGUGGCUUCCAUUUUCAGUGAUGAUAAUCCUCACGCAUGUAGCAUAAUGUAAUUUCAUUUAAUUAGUAGCAUGGCCUAGAUCACUUUUGCAUAUUGCACAUUGUGUUCUUGUUAGUGUAUGAUCGAUGUAUUGAUUGAUUAUUUUAUGUUAUAUGAAAGUGUACUGUGACCAUUUUUUUUAUCUCUAAAUUUUUUCUUUUCAUCCAAAGUUUCAAGUGCAUUAUGAAGUAUAUGCAUGCUUCCCCCAAUUUAAUCACCACGUUUUGAGUCUUUUGACUCAUGUACAACUUUGACUAUUAAUGUAUACUAGUCUAUAUUUAUCGAUCAAUAAAAUAUAAG